UGUAUGAUAUUAUGAAUAUUCUAAAAUGUUUAUAUAAUAUCUUGUAUUAUGUCAAGUCAAUGUGGAGCGUGAGACCUCUCCGCGGCGUAUUAAUACAAGUUAAAAAUAUUGAACGUUUUUCAGCAGAAGAUACGGAAAGGCAUAAUGUAACAUUUCAUCCUUUCACUUACUAAAAAAUUUUUGUCAAAUUAUUGCUGUAUCAGGACAAAUCUAUCAACAAUUUAUUUGUACAUUACAUUAAACAUAAUUUGCAAUAUGUGUAACAAUAACUAUUUAUAGAAAAUGGUGACAUAAUUCGCAAGAGCGCUUUACCAAGAGGUAUGGAAAGAGUUGUUGCUGAGCCAAGCACAUCGACGGAUACAUUAGUUGAACCAGCUUCUGGGACGGCUAAUUCUUUCCAAUCUGGUGAUUUGGAUGAAAGGUUGAUCGAGUAAGUAAGAAAGCGUGAGCCACUAUACAACUUUCGAUUGCCUCUUGUCCAACGUGGACAAAAGCUAACUAAGUAAAUGUGGCAGGACAUUUCCACUGAAUUAAAUAGUUAAUAUAAUACAUUAAAUUACAUACUUUAUCUUUGUAAUCAAUUUAUAUUUGAAAUGGAUAUUUAUUAAGUCUUUUGUAUUUUAGGAGAAAAAAGCGCUGAUAAUGCUGCCAAAAGGUGGAAGUCUUUAAGAGAUAUUUUUAUGAAAAUAAUUGUCGAGGAGCGACUGCCGAGUGGCUCUGGUAGAGUUUCCAAGCGAAAAAAGUGGCGUUUUUAUGAACAAAUGACUUUUGUUCGCGACACAAUGUUAAAUGCACUGUAUAUACACUUCAUAUCAAUUUUUUACAUCAAUGAUAAUGUAUACAAUAUUAUUUGAAAUAUUUCAUUUUACAGAACAGUGUCAAACGAAACCCAGCAACAGUCUUUUUCCAAAGAAGAUGUGUUAAAUACUUCACAAACAAGUAAGCAUUCUUAUUCAUUUAACUCAGGAGACGUAUUGAUCAAAGCAGCUAUUCUUUAAUGAAGGAUGUACAAAUAUUAUUUUUAGAUUUUACACGAGUUACAAAAAUAAACUUUUUUAAUUUAUGCCUAACAGUUAGAAAUUGCAACAGAAAUUUAAAAGAUUCACUCAAUCGUGUGACUGAACGAAUUGGUGACUGUCGUCUGGAAAUCUGCCAUCAAUGCCUCAGAUCAACGAGUUUAACAGCUUUGGUGUCAUUGUAGAAACAAAUUAACCCUUGUGUUGCCACCCAAAAAAACUCACAGUAUCUGCCACCCGGGGUACCCGGGUACCCUGCCUAUGAAAUUCUUGGAAGGUAUUUCUAUCUGAAUAUAACAAUUAAAUUGUGUACAUUGACCUUGCGAGUCCUAAAGCCGGUAUAAAACGUGCGUAGCUGCGUCGUAAAUUUCUCGUUUCUGUGACAGCAAGGUCUGUCGAACGCAUAGAGGUAUAAGAAUUCUUCUACCUGUACGAUCAAACGUGAAAGAGAAGCAGAAGGGUCGAUAUUUGUGUUCUUUCAUACCUGAGAAUAUUCGAGAACUACAGCGCCACGUGCUUCAGUUGGUUGCAGCAGUGUUUUGCUCAGUUCUUUUCGUUCGCUCGAAAAAGCAAGACGUACGGCCACUGCUGAGCGCGUUUAGUGUAUGUUUACGCUGUUUUUAUAGAAAGAUGGAGGGAGUGUCGAGAGCUGAGUUUAUGAGGUAACGUAAAUAUAAAAAAUUCAAUAUUUGUAUUAUAUAUUUGAUAUUAUUAUAAAUUUAAUAUUAUUGUAAAACAUGAAUUUAUUUAUUAUUUAUUAGAUUCAGUGACGCUGAAAAAGACGAGUGUUUGAAGAGAUUAAUCGGCGAAGAAGAUGACCAAUGUGAUGACCCUUCGGACAGUGAAGACGAGGAUUGGUUUCCCAACGAUAAUGAUCCGAAAUCUGUCAAUGCUGGAGCAUCGGAUAAUGAAGAUUACGUUGAUGACGAAGCCGAAAUUGAUGGCGGAAAUGAAGAAGGCGAUGACGACGAAAGAGACACGGAGAAGGAGAGUGACAACGAAGUACCUUCAGAUGUUUCAGACAGUACUAGUACAACUUUUGUGGCAAAAGAUAAAACGGUUUGGAAAAAAACUCCGCCUUGUAACCAUCAAACUCCGGCUACAAAUAUUGUUAGGCAAAGAGCUGGACCGCAUAGGAGUACGGAAAUGUUAACGAUUUCUGGCACAUUCAAAAAAUUAAUCACGUUGGAAAUGGUUGACAUUAUCGUUCGUUGCACAAAUAAAAAAGCGAAAGCCGAGUACGAAGAUUUUAAUAGCAAGCAUCGACAGAACGAUCCGCGUGUAUGGAAGACAGUUACUGUAAAUGAAAUGUACUCUUUCUUUGGAAUCUUGAUAGGAGCUGGUGCAAAUAAUUCGAACACAGACCACAUAGAUGAAAUGUGGAAGAAAAAUUCGUAUCCGCUAUAUCGUGCAACGAUGGGACGAAGACGAUUUCAAUCACUUUUACGUUUUGUACGUUUCGAUGAUUAUACUACACGCCAGGAACGAGCAGCCAAUGAUAAAGCUGCACCUAUAUCUGAUAUUUGGAAUAUGCUCAAUGCAAACCUAGCGGCGAUGUAUAGACCAACGGAGCACUUGACUAUCGACGAACAGCUCUUUCCUUUUCGAGGAAGAACAAAGUUUACACAGUACAUGCCAUCGAAGCCUGCUAAAUACGGCCUAAAAGUUUUUUGGUUGUGCGAUGCAAGUAAUGCAUAUCCACUCAAAGGGAUUUUCUAUAUAGGCAAACAAGGUAAUACUCGAGAAGUCAACCAAGGAGAACGAGUUGUGAAAGAACUGGUCGCCGCUUACAAGGGAUCUGGCCGGAACAUUACCAUGGAUAGAUUUUUCACGACCUUACCGUUGGUAAAGAGUCUAUUGUCAUGGAAACUCACUAUCGUCGGUACUUUGAAAAAAAAACAAAACAUAUAUUCCUCAAGAGAUGAAACCGUCGAACUCUAGACCGUUAUUAUCAACGCUUUUUGGAUUUCACGAGAAGGUUACGAUCUGCUCGUAUAUUCCGAAGAAAAGAAAAGCGGUGAUUCUUCUCAGUACAAUGCACAGUGAUGCUCAGAUCUCUGAUGCAUCUCACAUGAAACCAGAAAUCAUUUUGUUUUAUAACAAUACCAAAGCUGGUGUUCACACCAUGGAUCAAAUGUGCAUGAGAUAUUCCACCCAACGGCGAACGUGCAGAUGGCCGCUAGCGUUUUUUUACAACAUUUUGGAUAUCGCUGCUGCUGCUGCGUACGUUAUUUAUUAUGAAAAUAAUAAAAUGCUUCCAAAAAAAACUAACAGAGGCAGACUUUUUCUACGCCAACUCUCAGAAGAACUAGCCAUGCCAAUAAUAGAAGAGCGAUUUUCUAACCAGCAAGUCAUGCGAAAUAAUGCAACAAAAAUCGCAGUCGAAAGUUAUUUUGAAAGGUCAAUAACAGAAGUGACAGUAACUGACAACUAUCAAC